AGUUUGAAGGGAGGGUGAAGCAACACACACCGGGAAGUUAAUCAAAGAGAAAACCUUCGAUUAUCUUCGUCUUGUAGCAAACUCUCCACUUUUUAAUAAUUCAACACCGUUCAAAACUCUCAACCCCGAGGAAAGUCUCUUGGGUUGCGGUGGAAAGAUGAACUACGACCCGGAGCGAGAGGGUGCAGAUCCUGCUGGAAUGGACAAAGUGGACAGGACGAAGAAGGAAGUCGAAGAAGUCCGACAAAUCAUGACACAAAAUAUGGAACUUAUCAUUGAACGAGAAGAAAAAAUGGACAACCUCGUGAAGAAGUCAGAGGGCCUGGUAGAUGGGGCCGACGCCUUCAAGAAAACGUCCACUAAAGUGGCUCGCUCUUACUGGUGGAAGAAUGUCAAGCUGGUGGUGGCCAUCGUGGUCAUCGUGCUGAUCAUCGUCCUCAUCAUCAUCCUGUUGGCCACCGGCGUCAUCCCAGUCAGCGCACCUCUGCCGCCAAUUGUCUCACCCACGCCUGCUGGCCCGUAA